AUCCUUUCUCUGUUGUUCUUUUUGGUGCUCAGUGGUCUUGUGCCAGCUUUGGCUGGUAUCAGUCAUGUUGCAAUUCAGUUUCCUACAUAUGAGAAGAUAAAAAGUUACUUAGCCGAUCAAAAUAACACCACCACGGAUAAACUCAGUGCUAGCGAUGUUGCAAUUGCUUCCUCGGUUUCAAAAAUAUCAGCUUCCACCUUGACAUAUCCCCAUGAGGUUGUGCGUUCAAGGCUUCAAGAACAAGGACACCACUCAGAGAAACGGUAUUCUGGUGUGGUAGAUUGCGUGAAGAAAGUAUAUCAGAGCUCAGGUGUCCCUGGUUUUUAUCGGGGUUGUGCCACCAACCUGCUGAGGACAACCCCAGCUGCUGUAAUCACAUUAACCAGUUUUGCAAUGAUUCAUCGCUUUCUUGUCACCGUGUUCCCUCCUGGUCCACACCCUCAAACACUGUGAGGUUGCAGCUCAGUU